UCAUUAUCUAAACUGUCUAUCAAAAGCGGUAACUUUGAUUUUCAUUAUAAAUAUUUGGCAAAGAGUAACUACCAGAAUUGUUACUUUUGGUAUAUUUAAUAGUUUUUUCCUACAGAUAACAAUUUCAAUCAAAAUAUUAGCAAAGAGGAGAAAUGUCUAGACAAAAAUUAUUUUCUUUUUGUCAGGAAUUCCUCAAGCCUAACGUUAGGCAUCAAAAAACAAUCAAGCGUUGUGUUGGAUUAGUACCCAUAGUUAUUGAGCAAAGCGGAAGAGGAGAAAGAUCUUAUGAUAUUUACUCUCGUCUACUGAAAGAAAGAAUAAUUUGUCUAAUGGGCCCUAUCCAUGAUUCUAUGAGUUCGCUUCUCGUAGCACAGCUUCUGUUUCUGCAGUCUGAAUCAACAAUUAAACCAAUUCAUUUAUAUAUAAACUCUCCUGGUGGAAGUGUUACUGCAGGAUUAGCUAUUUAUGAUACAAUGCAAUAUAUACUUCCACCUAUAGCUACAUGGUGUGUAGGUCAAGCUUGUAGUAUGGCAUCCCUACUGUUAGCUGCAGGAACAAAUGGAAUGCGUCAUUCCUUACCAAACGCAAGAAUUAUGAUACAUCAACCAUCAGGAGGAGUUCAGGGUCAAGCAACUGAUAUUCAAAUUCAAGCAGAAGAGAUCUUGAAGCUCAAAAAGCAAAUCAACAAUCUGUAUGUCUAUCACACUGGUAUACCACUAGAAAAAAUUCAGACUAAAAUGGAGCGUGAUCAUUUCAUGAAUCCAAUUGAAGCUAAAGAGUUCGGCUUGAUUGACAAAGUAUUGAGCAGUCCUCCAAAGGCUCAUAUUCAUGUACCCCCACCAGUUGCACCUAAAAAGGCAGCACUUUCACCAGAUGCAUGUCAAGAUGAAAAGAAAUGAUGAAUGUGUUUCUAUUUAUUUACUGUUCUUCCUUCAGUUCUUGUGAUGAGUUAUGUAUAUUGACAAAGUUCAUUAAAAUAAAAUAUAUUAAACGAAAAA